CUAACACCUCUUCUGUUGUAUAGGCCGCUGUGGAGGCUGAACAGUGCCAGGUUUGACCUCCCGAAUCCUCUCAAGCCACUCCAUCAUCUUUUUGUAGACAUGUUUGAGACCAGCAGUGAUGACUUGUUCCUGCCCUUCUACCAAGAUGAGGAGCUAGUGGACAACCUGCUGUCCAAUGAGGAGUCGGAUGGGGGUGAAGGUCUCUCCCUGGCUAGGGCCCUGCUCCCGCUGGUCGAGUCAUCCUCCCCUCCCCUCAUCCCUUGGGUCUCCUCCACCCGCUACAAGACGGAGCUCUGCACCAGCUACUCGACUACUGGUUUCUGCAAGUAUGCCGAGCGCUGCCAGUUUGCCCACGGCCUCCAUGAGCUGCAUGUUCCCUUUCGCCACCCCAAGUACAAGACUGAGUUAUGUCGCAGCUUCCACACAACCAGCUACUGCUACUAUGGAAGCCGCUGUCUUUUUGUUCACAACCCCACAGAGCGGCGCCCGGCCCUGCGCCGCCGCAGCAAUGUUCCCUGUCGCACCUUCGGCUCCUUUGGCGUUUGUCCAUUUGGCACCCGCUGCAACUUCCUGCAUGUGGAGGGCGGAGACGUCGGCAGUGAUCUGGAUUCUCCUGACGUUGUCCAGGAGAAGCCUGCGCCUGUUUCCAAACCCCUACCCCAACCACAGGCCAAGGAGUGGAAGCCACGCGGCGCUCUGUGCCGCACCUUCAGCUCUUUUGGUUUCUGCCUGUACGGCACACGCUGCCGCUUCCAGCACGGCCUCCCCAGCAAGAUCAAAACCUCGGCGCAGGCCCAUGGAGGGUCCUUUUUCUCCCAGCUGUCCACUGGCAGUUCGGGUGAACCUUCCCCCAUCUCCCUCUGCACCUCCACCUCACCAAUGUCUUCCACUUCCUCUUCUCCUCCAUCAGCCUCCCCUCUCCCCACCCUGCCUGCAGAGGCCAUAGCCAACAAUGCCUUCACCUUCUCCAGUCAGCACCUGAGUGACCUGCUGCUGCCGCUGGCCCUCCACCUGCAGCAGCUGGAGAGCAGCAAGGCCCAGGAGAUCUGGGACAACCGGGCACUCUAACUGGAUCUUGUUGUCUUUGGAAACCAGAAUCAGCACUGAACACCACAGCCCAAUUUAAUUUUUUAAUGUAUUUUUUUAACCCGCCCCUUUUCCCUGGAUAUUUAUAAAUAUUUUUUUAACUUGGGUUGUUUACUUUAGCGUUUAUCAGCAGGUCAAGCGGGCCUUGAACUGUUCAAUCAAGCAGUCUGCAGUUUUAUUGUGUUUGUGGUGUCAGGAAUCACUACAGUUGCUUCCAUGAGAUUUUGGUUUUUUUUAACUGUUGUAAAUAAUUCAUUAAUGAACCGAGUAAAAAUGUCUGACCUCAGAAUCAUGAAUAAACUAAUUUUAAAUCUAA